CUACCGCUCCGGGUGGUCGGCUGGGCCUCGGCUAGAGCUCCGGGGCUGCGGGCAGCUCGAGGGCGCGCGGAGCUCCCCUCGGGGGCGCUGGGGCUGCGCUGCAGCCUCCGUCGCUGCGGGUUUGUGCGGAACCGCGUCCAUGCCUUUGACGGGAGGCUCAGCCAGUUGUCUGAACCGUGGGAGUCGCCCUCAGGUUCCUGGUUUACCCGGAAUAGCAACAAGCCCUGUUCCAGUUAUACCCUGUUAAAUACUUCUUAAAAGGUCUAUCACCCGAAUGUUUGGCUCUAUUCUCUUCAUUACUGGUAAUUUAAAAUUCUUGAAGAGGCUAAAUAAAGCUGCUCGCUUAUGCCAUGGGCAUUGCUAAAUUGCUUAGCAAAUGACUGCAUUUGCUGGCCUUUUGUAUAACUAUUUUAAGGGAAAUUUGGAUAUAUGCAGUGCAUCUCCUGGAAGAUGAUGGUGGUGGGAAUUUCUUGAAACUGCUACGUUUGUAAUUUGCCAUGAUUUUCAGUGAAUGGACCUGACUGGACCCUUUGAACAGAUCAAUAAACAUGAGUGGUACCAAACCUGAUAUUUUGUGGGCACCGCAUCAGGUUGAUAGAUUUGUUGUAUGUGACUCAGAACUGAGCCUUUAUCACGUGGAGUCUACUGUGAAUUCAGAACUCAAAGCUGGAUCAUUACGUUUAUCUGAAGACUCUGCAGCGACAUUACUGUCAAUAAAUUCAGAUACACCCUAUAUGAAAUGUGUUGCCUGGUAUCUCAAUUAUGAUCCUGAAUGUCUCCUGGCGGUUGGACAAGCAAAUGGUCGAGUUGUUCUUACAAGUCUUGGUCAAGAUCAUAACUCAAAGUUCAAAGAUUUGAUAGGAAAAGAAUUUGUUCCAAAACAUGCACGACAAUGCAAUACUCUUGCAUGGAAUCCAUUGGAUAGUAACUGGCUUGCUGCUGGUCUAGAUAAACACAGAGCUGAUUUUUCAGUGCUAAUAUGGGAUAUCUGUAGCAAAUACACUCCUGAUAUAGUUCCCAUGGAGAAAGUCAGACUUUCAGCAGGUGAAACUGAAACAACAUUGUUAGUAACAAAACCACUUUAUGAAUUAGGGCAGAAUGAUGCUUGUCUCUCUCUUUGUUGGCUUCCACGAGACCAGAAGCUUCUACUUGCUGGUAUGCAUCGUAACCUAGCCAUAUUUGAUCUUCGGAAUACAAGCCAAAAGAUGUUUGUAAAUACAAAAGCUGUUCAGGGGGUGACAGUAGACCCAUACUUCCAUGAUCGUGUUGCUUCCUUCUAUGAAGGUCAGGUUGCAAUAUGGGAUCUUAGAAAAUUUGAGAAACCAGUUUUGACUUUGACUGAGCAACCAAAGCCCUUAACAAAAGUAGCAUGGUGUCCAACUAGGACAGGUCUGCUUGCCACUUUAACAAGGGAUAGUAAUAUUAUUAGAUUGUAUGAUAUGCAGCAUACCCCCACUCCUAUUGGGGAUGAAACUGAACCCACGAUAAUUGAAAGAAGCGUGCAGCCUUGUGAUAAUUACAUUGCUUCCUUUGCAUGGCAUCCAACAAGUCAAAAUCGAAUGAUAGUUGUAACUCCCAACCGAACCAUGUCUGACUUCACAGUUUUUGAAAGGAUCUCUCUUGCCUGGAGCCCAAUUACAUCUUUAAUGUGGGCUUGUGGUCGUCAUUUGUAUGAAUGUGCAGAAGAAGAAAAUGAUAAUUCUUUAGAAAAAGAUAUAGCAACGAAGAUGCGCCUUCGGGCUUUAUCAAGGUAUGGACUUGAUACAGAGCAGGUUUGGAGAAACCACAUUUUAGCUGGAAAUGAAGAUCCACAGCUCAAGUCACUCUGGUAUACUCUGCACUUUAUGAAGCAGUAUACAGAAGAUAUGGAUCAGAAAUCUCCAGGCAACAAAGGAUCAUUGGUUUAUGCUGGAAUUAAAUCGAUUGUAAAAUCUUCUUUGGGAAUGGUGGAAAGCAGCAGACAUAAUUGGAGUGGAUUAGAUAAGCAAACUGAUAUUCAAAAUUUAAGUGAAGAGAGAAUCUUAGCUUUACAGCUUUGCGGGUGGAUAAAGAAGGGAACAGAUGUAGAUGUGGGGCCAUUCUUGAACUCCCUUGUACAAGAAGGGGAAUGGGAGAGAGCUGCUGCUGUGGCAUUGUUCAACUUGGAUAUUCGGCGAGCAAUUCAAAUACUGAAUGAAGGGGCAUCUUCAGAAAAAGGAGAUCUGAAUCUCAAUGUGGUAGCCAUGGCAUUAUCGGGUUAUACGGAAGAGAAGAACUCCCUUUGGAGAGAAAUGUGUGGUACUCUACGAUUACAGCUGAACAAUCCGUACCUAUGUGUUAUGUUUGCUUUUCUGACAAGCGAAACAGGAUCUUAUGAUGGAGUUUUGUAUGAAAACAAAGUUGCAGUACGUGACAGAGUGGCAUUUGCUUGUAAAUUCCUUAGUGAUACUCAGUUAAAUAGAUACAUCGAAAAAUUGACCAAUGAAAUGAAAGAGGCUGGAAAUUUGGAAGGAAUUCUGCUUACAGGCCUUACUAAAGAUGGAGUGGAUUUAAUGGAGAGUUACGUUGAUAGAACUGGAGAUGUCCAAACAGCAAGUUACUGCAUGUUACAGGGUUCUCCUUUAGAUGUUCUUAAAGAUGAAAGGGUUCAGUACUGGAUUGAGAAUUAUAGAAAUUUAUUAGAUGCCUGGAGGUUUUGGCAUAAACGCGCUGAAUUUGAUAUUCACAGGAGUAAGUUGGAUCCCAGUUCCAAGCCUUUAGCACAGGUGUUUGUGAGUUGCAAUUUCUGUGGCAAGUCUAUCUCCUACAGCUGUUCAACUGUGCCUCAUCAGGGCCGAGGUUUUAGUCAGUAUGGAGUCAGUGGCUCACCAACAAAAUCUAAGGUCACAAGUUGCCCUGGCUGUCGGAAACCCCUUCCUCGAUGUGCACUUUGCCUCAUUAAUAUGGGAACACCUGUUUCUAGCUGUCCUGGAGGAUCCAAAUCAGAUGAAAAAGUGGACUUGAGCAAGGACAAAAAAUUAGCUCAAUUUAACAACUGGUUUACAUGGUGUCACAAUUGCAGGCAUGGGGGGCAUGCCGGACAUAUGCUUAGUUGGUUCAGGGACCAUGCAGAGUGCCCUGUGUCUGCGUGUACGUGUAAAUGUAUGCAGUUGGAUACAACAGGGAAUCUGGUACCUGCAGAGACUGUCCAGCCAUAAAACGUUACCACCUAAACAGAAACCUUGAAGUAUGGAGCUUUCUAAUAGAAGUCCUUCAUAGCUCAAAACAUACCUCAGAACAAGUCACUCAUGACUUUUCCUGUAAUGGGAAAUAAAUCAUUCUAUCAGAUCAGCAAUUUGAUGUCUGAGUGAUUUUGGUGUGUUUCACAGAGACAAAUGCUGCUGAAAUAAACAUUAAAGGGUGGGCAUGAGUUCAGUUCAGUAGGUUGAAAAAGUUCAUUUUAGAAUAAUUUUAUAGGGUUUUAUUGACAGGAAUGCUCUACAAGCAGAGUUUUUAGAAUAAGCAUGAACAGACCUUGAACCCGUAUCUUCAGAGCUGAAGUUGGGUGUAUUUUAGUAAAAUCUGUACUUUUAAAAUAGAAUAAAAUGAUCAGUUCAAUGAUUCAGAUCAUAGUUGAAGCUCAUCCAUGCUUAGAUUCCUUUAAGAUAAAACUAAGAAUUGUAGAUUUUCAGUUUUUUAGAAUUGGAAAACCCCUACCCCAAACUGGAGUAUACAUUUUAUUAAUGUAUGUUUAAUAUAUAUUUUUAAGAAGAAUUUCCCUCUUACACUUUCAUUGAAGAAACAUUUUGGCACAGACCAUUAUUGUCUUCCUAGAAGAGCCAGAAUUGAGAAUGUGUCUUACAACUUUUUCUCUUCUGAAGAGAAAAAUAUGCACCAUUUCAGAGGAACAUGUUCUCAAAUUUUCUGUUUCAACCUUUUCCUUCUAGUGUCCUGAUCUGUCUUUCAGGAUUUACCUGUGUACUGCAUAUUAAUUCAUCAUAUCUUCAUUAUCUGGGAGCAUUUUAUUGAACAAAAAUCUAUGCAAGAUUUUAUGUAAUCAAUCAGCAUAGUCCAUGUCAGUAUCUCCUACUGUCAAAUUCCCUCCUGGAAUACCCUGUUUUUCCCAAGGUAGAUUGACUGGGAGAUUUUGGAUACAAGGGAUUUAUAGCAUGCUUCUUUAUGAAAUGCAGAGGACUGAGCUGGAUUUUGUAGUUCAAGUUAUGUUCAAGAUAAAAUAGAAAGUAAACUUAAAACUUACUGUUGUAUAGAUUUUGGAAGGAAAAAAUAUGUUAAACUAAGGAAUUUUAAGAGCUUUCAUGUUAGUUUUACCUGGUGAAAAAUUGGAUCUAUUAGGUUAGAUUAGUUUGAGGUGUCACCUAAAUAUUGAACAGAAGUGGAUUUUUUUUUUUUUUUUUUUUACCUUGAGAUCUGAUACAAAAGUCCCUUUUUGAGGAAAACACUGGAUGUAUUGCAUAUCUACUCUAAAAAGCUUACCCAGAUGACAAUCUUCUUUUAAAAUGAAAAAAUUGGGAAUAUUUAUAAUUUUUUUACAGAGAUGCUAUUAAAGGGGACAUUUUUUCCAGUUUUCUAAGUACAUCUUGCUGAUUUUAUUUAGUCAUUAAUACUGCUUCAGUUGAAGUGUUCCUUUCAAAUUUACUGUGUCCUAAAUAUGAAAAGUCAGAUUUAAGUAAUAUCAAACUCUUAUCAUAUACAUUUUCAUUUCUCCUUAGAUAAAAUAGGACAUAAAAAUAUUGAGUUUAUAUUUAGAAUAGGGUUGUAUCUAAAAUAUUUAUAAUUUUUGGAAAUACACUAUGAUGAAACAUGAAUAAAGUCUUCUGUAAAUAGUCUGCUUAUUUGUAAUAAUAUGUAGGGUGACUUUUUAAGAUUGUGUUUAUUUGUCAACCUAGCAUUUUCUGUGAAGCUGAAAUGUGUAGUUUAUAAGAUUCUGUUAUGUUCGUUUUGCAUUUCAAUAUGUGUCAACCAUGAAAAUAGAUUCAAAUUAUUUUCCCAUUUUUAUUACUAGGUCACUGAUAUUUGGUUUAUAAA